CAUUCAUAUGCUGCGCUGCCGUUUGCAUGUGCUCUACUCUUCUCUCCAGAGCGUGUGUGUAUCUCGCAGGAUCUGCUUCAUAAUAAUCCUCUGUGUGUUUGUUUAGGAGGAUCACACACACACGCGCGCACACUCACCUGCACCAUGAGGAAAAGCUCCUGUUGCAUGUACAGUUGUGGAGCCGCCGGGGCUCUGCUUCUGCUGGCGGGAAUCGCUCUGUUUGCCUCCGGACUUUUCCAGACGCUGAUCCACAACAAGCUCAAGAAGGAGAUAACGUUGACAGAAGGCAGUAAAGUGUUUGCCACAUGGAAGAAUCCUCCUCCUCCAGUGUACAUGGAGUUUUUCUUCUUCAAUGUCACCAAUCCUGAGGCUUUCCUGAAAGGAGAAGCUAAAGCUCGUCUGUCUGAGAUGGGGCCGUACACUUACAGAGAGUACAGGCCCAAACGCAAUGUGUCGUUUGUGGACAACGGGACGAAAGUGGCCGCUUACACACCCAAAGUGUUUGUCUUCGUUCCGGAGAAGUCAGUGGGAGACCCGAGUGUAGACAUGGUGACGACUGUAAACAUCCCUGCUGUGGCUGUGAUGAAUCGUGUUAAAGGUGCAGGAUUCUGGGUCUCCUCUGCUAUGUCUGUGUACAUGAAGUCCAUCGGCGCUGAGAUGUUCAUGACACACACUGUGGACGAGCUGCUGUGGGGCUUCAAAGACCCGCUGCUCACCCGACUGCGCACCAUCAAGCCGGAGACGGAUGAAUACUUUGGGCUCAUGCUGCAUAAAAAUGGCAGUGAUGAUGGUGAGUUUGUGUAUCACACUGGAGAGCACAACUAUCUGGACUACGGCCGCAUUUUCACCUGGAAGGGAGAAAAGAUGAUGUCGUUCUGGAAAACCAAUCAGAGUAACAUGAUCAAUGGCACCGACGGCAGCGCGUUUCACACGUUCCUGACUAAAGAGGAGCGACUGGAUGUGUUCACCGCUGACCUCUGCAGGUCCAUCCACAUGCGCUUUGAGAAGGAGGUGGAGGUGAAGGGAAUCCCAGCGUAUCGCUUCACGCCGCCCCGAGCUGUGCUCGCCAAUGGAACAAACAACCCAGAGAACGCGGGAUUCUGCCUCAAUCCCAAGAAAUGCCUGGGUGACGGAGUGCUGGACGUGUCUGUGUGCCGACAAGGUGCUCCUGUAGUCGUAUCUUUCCCUCAUUUUCAUAUGGGUGAUGAGAAAUACAUCCAGGCUGUGGAGGGUCUUUCUCCAGUCCACGAGCAGCAUCAGACCUUCCUGGAUCUGAACCCUACUAUGGGAGUGCCUGUUCGUGCCAUGAAAAGAGCUCAGAUCAACAUUCAUCUUGAGAGAGUAACGGGAUUUCCUAUGACCAGGAAUCUGGAAAGCACCAUCUUCCCUAUCAUCUUUCUGAACGAGUCUGUGGUGAUAGAUGACGCUUCAGCAGAGAGGAUCCAGAAGCUGCUGCUGGUCGUGACUCUGGUUUCUCAUUUUCCGCUGAUUCUCGUGGCUCUGGGAAUCAUCCUGCUCAUCGUAGCCGUCAUCCUCGCCAUCCGUUACUACCAGAACAAGCCUUCUGCAAAGAAAGACACAUCAUACGCUCCUGUGAGCGCCAAAGUGGACGAUCAAGACGAGAAAAACGGCACUUAUAUCGGGAUGACACCCGUGGACAAGUCUUAAACCACUGCUGAGUGUGUGUGUGUGUGUGUGUGCGUGUGUGCGUGUGUGUGUGUGUGUGUGUGUGUGUGUGUCAUGAUUGGGUCACACUGACUCCUCCUCAGGACUGAAGUCAUCUGUUUCUGCUCACACACACACACACUUCAGGUCAUCUCUACAGUUACAUAUUUAAACACUAUCAGCAACAUUAAAGCUGAUUUAAUAGAUUUUAUGUUUAAUAGUUAUUAGAAAUAACACUAGAGUCUGUCCUAAAUGACACAAUCAGCCCUCGGUGUCCAUCGUUACAGUCACACACACUCUGUCCAGUCAGUUUUUCUGUAGUGCUUUAUAUGAUGUAGAGGUCAGAGCCACUUUACUGAGAGGAACAGGCAAAUAAUAAAGGUCAGGUGACUCUGUCAAACCCCGCCCACUAAAACACACACAGUAUUAAACCCCGCCCACUAACACACGCCCACAGCAUUAAACCCUGCCCACUAUACUAGAAUAAACACAUCCGCAGUGUUAAACCCGCCCCCUAAAACAAACACACCCACAGUGGUAAACCCACCCACUAAAGCAAACACACCCACAGUGGUAAACCCACCCCCUAAAACAAACAAACCAACAAUGGUAAACCCGCCCACUAAAACAAACACACCCACAGUUUUAAACCCUGCCCACUAACACACACCCACAGCAUUAAACCCUGCCCACUAUACUAGAAUAAACACAUCCGCAGUGUUAAACCUGCCCACUAAAACAAACACACCCACAGUGUAAAACCCGCCCACUAAAACAAACACACCCAGUUUUAAACCCCGACCACUAAAACAAACAAACCCACAGAUGUAAACCCGCCCACUUAAACAAACACACCCACAGUGGUAAACCCGCCCACUAAAACAAACACGCCCACUAAAACAAACACACCCACAGUGGUAAACCCGCCCACUAAAACAUACACACCCACAGUGGUAAACCUGCCCACCAAAACACACUAAGUUUUUAACCCCACCCACUAAAACACACUCAGUUUUUAAGCCCACCCACUGAAAAAACACACCCACUGUGUUAAAACUGCCCACCAAAACACACCAAGUUUUUAACCCCACCCACUAAAACACAUUCAGUUUUUAAGCCCACCCACAAAAUAAAACAUACCCACAGUGUAAAACUCCGCCUACUAAAACAAAGGCCCUCAGUGUUAAACCCCACCUCUAAAACAAAGAUAUUCUCAGUGUUAAACCCCGCCCACCAAACUCUAUUAAGCCACAAACCCCAGAUAAUCUGUGACUGGGCGGGUUUGAAAGAGAAUGUGUUUGAAGGGGGGGUUUGAAAGAGAAUGUAUUUUUUAAGUGGGCGGGGUUUGCCAAGAAAUGUGCUUUUUAAGUGGGCGGGGUUUGAAUGAGAAUGCGUGUUUGAAUGGGCGGGGUUUUAAAGAGAAUGCGUGUUUGAGUGGGCGGGGUUUGAAAGAGAAUGCUUGUUUGAGUGGGCGGGGUUUGAAAGAGAAUGAGGGUUUAAGUGGGUGGGGUUUGUCAGAUUUUUUUACGUGGGCGGGGUUUGCCAGAAAAUGUGUUUAAGUGGGCUGGAUUCGUCCAGCAUGUGGUUUUUAAAGUGGGUGGGGCUUAUUACUCUUUUAGUGUGUGUAUUUGAGUGGGCGGGGCUUCUUACCGUAUGCCUAUUUAGUGGGCUGAGUUUGUCACAGUAUGUGUUUUUUAAGUUGGCGGGGGUUGUCACAGUAUGUGUAUUUGCUUGGGCGGGGCUUCCCACUGUAUGCAUAUUUAGUGGGUGGGGCUUGUCACACUAUGUGUGUUUAAUUGGGCGGGGUUUGUUAGUGAAUGUGUUUUUAAAGUUUGCAGGGUUUGCCAAAAUAAUGUGUUUAAGUGGGUGGGGUUUGUCACAAUAUGCAAAUUGGGCGGUGCUUGUCAUCAUAUAUGUGUUUGAUUGGGCAGGGUUUGCAAGGAAAAUGUGUUUAAGUGGGUGGGGUUUGUCACAAUAUGCAAAUUGGCUGGUGGGUGGUGCUUGUCACUGCAUGUGUAUAGGAGUGGGCAGGGCUUGUCAGAAAAUAUGUUUUUAAGUAGGCGGAGUCUUUUAAUGAGCAGGGGUUGAAGCGUUUAAAGUCUAUGAAGCUCCUGAAAUCACUAACAGCACCUUUAAUAAUCACACACUCUUGAGUUUAUAACAUUUAAAGGCCAAACACAAGCUUAUUUUUAUACUAGUGUUACCAAACCAUCAGGAGGUUUUUCUGCUUUUAAAAAACUGCUCAGAAAAACACACACACACCGCGAUCAGUGUGUGAACGCGCUGUGCCUUUAAGAGAAACUAGUUUUAUUUCAGGUGCCGCAGGUGCCAUCCGUUCACUGUGCCUUUAAUUCUGAUUUAAUGAGUGUGAAAUACUAACAUUAAGGUUUAUUGAGUGUUUGUGGAUUUGUGGAGGUGAUAAUACUCUGUCAUCUUUAUGUACUCGUGUAAAUGUCGACUGUGCUCCUCAAACACUGAACGCUGACUGAUUUUUGAGUAUUAUUUUAGUGUUACUGAACUCUGUUAACUGAAGUAUUGGAAAUGCUGUGUUUGUUGAUUGUCGAGCAGGAAGGAUCACACUAUAUGUUUUGGUAUGUUACAUUUCAUGUGUUUGUAUCGGCUUUCCUUAAACUAGAUGCUCAAAUCGGUGCAAAACCAUAACACAAUAACCUGGCAUCAUAACUCAGAGCACACUGCUGGACAUCAGCUUUACUAUCAGAUUCAGUUGUCUAAUGUUUAUGUUUUUUACUCACAAAACGUACAUUUAUUUGAUCCAAUCUACAGUAAAAGCAGUAAAAAUCUGAAAUAUUUUCACUAUUUAAUAUAACUGCUUUAUAUUUGAGUAUUUAUUUUUAUUUAAUUUAUUUUAGGGAUUUUUGUUAUCUUUACUCUAGUCUGAUGAUCAUUCAGAAAUUAUAAUUAGCUGAUUUGCUGUUUAAAAUAUUUUAUUAUUAUUAUAUAAUUAUAUUUAUUAGAAUUCUAUAAUAAUUACUAUUGUUAAUAUAUAUAACUACUAUAUACAACUAUUGAUAAUAAUAAUAAUCAUAACAUAAUUAAUAAUCCGUUUUCCCCCACAGUCCAAACACAUGCACUCUUGGGGAAUUGAAUAAGCUAAAUUGGCAGAAGUGUAUGUGUGUAAGUUCAAUAGUGUAUGGGUGUUUCCCAGUGAUGGGUUGCGGUUGGAAGGGCAUCCGCUGCGUAAAACAUAUGCUGGAUAAGUUGGCAGUUCAUUCUGCUGUGGCGACCCCUGAUUAAUAAAUGGACUAAGCUUAAAAGAAAUGAAUUAAUUUUUAAACAUAUAUUGUCACGAUCACCAGUACUCCAGCUAAUGUAGAUCGCUGGAAACACUCACUAUCACCCGAACGACAACUCUGCCACCAAACUGCACUACAUUUCCCAUCAGGCAUCUCAGUCACACACCUGGCCCAGGUUUCUCUUGAUUGCAAACACACAGCUGACGCUUUUCAGGACUAAUCACAUGGAUGAUCUGGAACUGGUGUGUGAGUGAGGUGUCUGAUGGGAAGUGUAGUUCGGGUGAUAGUGAGUGUUUCCAGUGAUCUACAAGGGCUGGAUUACUGGUGAUCGUGACAUAUAUAUUUUUUCUGGAUAAUUUAAUGAUUAAAAGGAUCCAAAGAUGAACAUUUUCUUAAAUAAAAAGCGUUUAUAACAUUAUACACUACACCAUUUAAAAGUGUGCAGUCUGGAUUAUUUUAUACAUUUAUUUUUAAUCAGUAUGUUUAUUUAUUAAGGAUGCUUUAAUGCUUUAAUUUGAUUAAAUUGAUGAAUAAGACAUUAAUAAUUAAAAAUAUAUAUUAAUAUUUCAGAUAAAUGCUGUUUUUAAACUUUCUAUUCUCCAAAAAAGCUGAAUAUUAAUAAAUAAAUAAUUAUAUUCCACUGUUUUCAACAUAAUAAUAAUAAAAUAUUUGUUUUGAUCAACGAAUCUUUAUAUUAUAAUGACUUCCGAAUGAUCAUGUGACUAGUAAUGAUGCUAAAAAUUCAGCUUUAAAUCACCAAAAUAAAUUAAUAUUUAAAAUAUAUUCAACUACACAUCAGUUAUACUAAAUAUUAAAAACAUUUCAGAUUUUUUACAGUGUUUCCUAUACGCUUUUAAUCAAAUAAAUGCAGGAUUAAUCAUCUUUAUAAACAUGAUAAAAACCCCACUGCUGUAAAUCUCCUGGCCAGCAGUGAAUGUAUUAUAAUAUUGCACUAAAAUACACCGUAUUAAUAGUGAAUCUUCACGUUUAACGCACUGUUUCUCCAGAUGCUCACUGGUGUGGAUCUCUGAGCCAUUCGAUGUGAUUUCUGUAUGUUUUCAUGAUAUCUGACGUGCCAAACAUCGAGUUAUUGCACUUGAUGAGUGAUUUAUGUGGAAAUAUUGCUCAUUUUUGAGUUGAAGUGGUGAUGAGAGCUGAGACUGAAUAUAAUGAAUGUGUGUUACGCGUCUUUAAUGUGCCGAAUCGACGCACUUUUCAAUCUUGCCUUCGUUAUUAUCAGUGUUCGAUGGUAAACUCAGUGGCCUUCGAUUUAUAUCAGCUGCAUCUGCUGUCAGAUUUCUAUAUUCAGACUGCACAAAUAAUUGUACAGUUUUGUAUAUAAAUAAUGCAUUUUCCCCUGUGGAUUUAUAAGAAAAUACAAUAAAAAGACUUUGUUAAAGGCA